AUGCGUAGGAAGGCGAUCAGGUGGAUGGAGUACGACAAACAGGCUCCAAAGAGGGUCUACAAGGUUAUAAGCGACAAGUCAGAUCGGAUGUGCCACUCAGCAUGUCAAACGAAAGUCAUGGAAGUGCGUGAGGCAGCGCCUGACUCCGAGUGUCACAUGGCACGCGUCAAAACGACGGUCAAACAGGGCUGUGAGGACACGCCUAGUCGACAAUCAGUCACCGACACUAUCGCCUCACAGCAUCCAAUUCAACUACAUCUCAACCUACAAACUGAUUUCUCCCUGGGAGCACACUGCCUGGCGUUGAACUACCUCCUUGUUGUCACAAAGCCUCCUCCCGACCGACUCACUCGUCUUGGCUGUUUCUGA